UGUAACACAUCUGAAGUGGAGAUACAUCUAACAUCAAAUCUAUUUUCUUUUGCGUCCGUACGUAAGAAGGAAGAAGCCUUCUUAAAUCAAAGUCGUGAAGAUCUAUGAUGGCCACUCUAUCUUCAUCCGUCCAGCAAGUACUGUUUAUCAACUUCCGGGGAAAAGAUAUUCGCUAUGGCUUUGCUAGUCACCUUAUAGAUGCCUUGGAAAGACACAAUAUCAAGUUCUUCAUAGAUAUGCAUGAACAAAAGGGCAGAGACCUAAAAUACCUCUUUAAAAGAAUACAAGAGGCCACGGUUGCGCUGGUCAUCUUAUCCACCAGGUAUGGGGAAUCAAAAUGGUGCUUGGAAGAGCUAACGAAAAUCAUGGAACAAGCGGAAAAAAGGGAAUUGGUUGUCAUCCCAAUCUUCUAUAAGGUAAGACCAGAAGACGUUAGGAAACAGAAGGGAGUGUUCGGCGAUAGGUUUUGGAGACGCACCGAAGAAUCCAGCCGUGAAGAGAUGGAAAAAUGGCAAGUGGCUUUGAAGGCUGUUUCAAACAAGAUUGGCUUCACGUUGGACCACAAUAGAUCCGAGGCCAAGUUUAUCAAGAAGGUUGUGAAGGAGGUUGAGAAAGUCUUAUCCACCAUUCAAUCUGGUGAAGGAAGAGAAGACGAUUGUGUGAAGAAGGUGAAAACAUAUAACGUUCCAUUGGCUUUGCCAUGGCCAUGGUUUGGCUCGGUGGUUGGACUGAUAGGUGCAAUGCUCGGCUUACUCACUGAGACUGUUCAAAAGUUUGCCUCACCAGCUAUGUUUGUUCUUACUGGUCAGGCUGGCUCUCUUGUGGCUAUUUUGAAUCGUUUUGCUGAUAAGUCUGUUUGAGCGAGCUUUUGUUUCGAUUUGGUCUCUUUGUGUUUUUGUGGCUUCAAUUGCUAAUGGAAAUAAAUAAAUCAAAUUUGCUUCACUUUCUUGAUGUAGUUUAAUGGAAACACAAGAAGGAAUAAACAUGAAUAGAAUUC